GUCAGCCCUAGGCGGAGGGGCGGCGGCAAGUCCCCGCGCGAGCCCAGGGUGUCAGAGGCUGAGGCAGAAGCAGCAAAGUUCCCGGGGCUUCUCCGAGGCCGCUGUCCGGGUUGCCAGUUCGGCCUCCCCCUCCUCGCCAAGGCAAUGGCUUCCAAACUCCUGCGCGCGGUCAUCCUUGGGCCGCCCGGCUAGGGCAAGGGCACCGUGUGCCAGAGGAUCGCCGAGAACUUUGGCCUCCAGCAUCUCUCCAGCGGCCACUUCUUGCGGGAGAACAUCAAGGCCAACACGGAAGUUGGUGAUAUGGCAAAGCAGUACAUAGAGAAAAGUCUUUUGGUUCCAGAUCACGUGAUCACACGCCUCAUGCUGUCAGAGCUGGAGAACAGGCGCGGCCAGCACUGGCUACUGGAUGGUUUUCCUAGAACAUUAGUUCAGGCCGAAGCCUUGGACAAAAUAUGUGACCUGGACCUAGUGAUCACUUUGAACAUUCCAUUUGAAACGCUCAAAGAUCGUCUCAGCCGACGCUGGAUUCACCCUCCUAGUGGGAGGGUAUAUAACCUGGACUUCAACCCACCUCAUGUACAUGGGAUCGAUGACAUCACUGGUGAACCAUUGGUCCAGCAGGAGGAUGACAAACCUGAAGCAGUUGCUGCCAGACUAAGACAGUACAAGGAUGUGGCAAAACCAGUCAUUGAAUUAUACAAGAGCCGAGGAGUACUCCACCAAUUUUCUGGAACGGAGACUAACAAAAUCUGGCCCUAUGUUUACACACUUUUCUCGAACAAGAUCACACCUAUUCAGUCCAAAGAAGCCUACUGAGCCCGCCCAGUGGAAGAACCAGGAAGAUAUGGUCAUCCAUUCAAUUGUAUGUGUAGUGUUGGUGCCAUGUCCCAAUUAGCAGCUAGCUGAGAUAGCUUGCAGCAUCUUUUCUAGUUUAAAUGGUGAACUGCUAUGAAAACUAAUGAAUAGAAAGAGUUAAUGAAGAGGCUCUUCUCUGCCUUUCUAAAAGAGGGACUACAUGCACAUGUUUAAGAUGUCCCUGCACAUGUCUCAAGUCCUUCACAAGAAAGAAAGCAAGUACAGGCUGGAUUUCAAGUGGUGUAUAACCCAAGCUCUAGCUGAUUUUCGACAGCCAUUUUGUUGCCAUAGUGGCCUUUUCACACGUGAUGGUGGUGGUCCCUGGUUCUCCUCAG